AUGCAUGUAGUAAAGACAGAUUCACCUCAGAGUAACGCGAUAAGACGCCGGAGACCGGAUCCGAUAUUGUAUGAUUGCAACUUGACACCACAAACACAAAAGGAUGCGUUAGCAGUGCUUCAAGAAAAAUAUGAUCAUGAAAAUCCAGACUCUAGUGCACAUGUAACUCUGGUGGAGUUGGACGGAAAACUCGGCCCACGAUGGCAAAUGCGAUCAGUGAAAGAACUGGAGAAACCCAAAGCCCGUGGUGAAUACAUGAUCUAUAGUCUGGAUAAUGGGCAGCACAAGUAUUUGAUCUGGCGAGAACAGGAGAAGAGGACCUGUUGUUCGUGUUGUUUCUGUUAG